CACACCAUUCGUUCCUUUUCCUUAUCCCCUCGCUCAUCUUCUUCCCAUGUGGCUCUCCCAAAUAAAUUCUCGCUGGUGAUGACCGCCGUUGAUGUCGGGAGCAGCCGUCGUCCACCAGCCCGGUGCUGCUCCGGUGAGUGGCCGCCAUCCACCCGCCCCGCGCUGCUCCGGCGGGCAUCUGCCCAUCCACCACCGCAGCCGUGUGGCAACCCAGCUUGCGGCGCGGAGUGGGGUGCUUCAACCAGCGGCGAGCGGGAGUGGCAGCCGUUGGCGACCGAGGAUGACCGCAGGCUGCCACCGGGUGCUGCAACCGACAAGCAAUUUUGCUGGAACCACGGCAACAAGUGUGGCAGAUCCGAUGAACAAGGGAAGGCCAUGGAGUUGAUUUGCUGGGACGGUGGACGGCGGUGGCGGCGGAGCUGCAACGGCGGUUGGUGGUAGGGAUGCGAUUGUGUGCCCCCGUGCUGCAACCACGGGGCGGUUGGGAGUUCCAAUGACAACCUCGAACACGGCGGUGACCUCGCGCGCGCGACGACGACGACUUGUUUGCGGCGCGCUGGCACGAGCCACCGACGGCAAGCGCAGGUCACGGGGCGGCCGACGAGCGCAUUGUUGUGCGACCGUGCGGGAGGCCGGGAGUGCGGAUGAAGACGACCAGAUGCGCUGGGUCGCGUUGGGCUCUAUCCUCUUUUUUUUUCUGCGAGAUGAACGCAAGAUCGUACGGUCUGAAAGCGAUGUAUCGUGUGGUAGGGCAGUGACCAGCCCAAAUUUAGGCCGGUGCGCCGGCGCCUAUCACUCGCCCUUUUUUAUACGCGGAAGAUGUUCUUAUGUUA